AUGAAUUCAUAAAAUAAGAGAAAGUUCAAUGUUCUUGAAUACCUAAAAAAUCCAUAUCACCUACCACCAAAGCAAGACAAAUUCGAAAUUCCUUAGACUAGCAAGCUUGGCUCAAGGACUAGUCAAAGAAGAUUCUAUCGACCCUAUAAACACAAGACUCUCUUUCCAGAAUUAAAUAGCACCAAUGCACUCUAUUUGAGCAAAACCAGCUAAUAAUUUAGACAAUCAAGAAAGGAUUGGUAAGACGAAUUACAGACCUGUCUUUAAAGUUAAUCAAUUAGAGGAGUCCCAAAUAAAAGUAAAGUCUCAUAGAUAUUUGUGAAAUCCCUACACAAUUCCUCCUUCAGUCAAUUACUCAGGAAACCAUAACCAGAUUUGAAGCCUUUAUUGGAAAUCUAAGCCCAAAAAUUAUUUUGA